AUGCUCGACCCUCUUCCACCCCCACCAUCGUGGCUCGUGGCUCUGGUAAAGCCAUACUCGGACGCUCUCAGUCUACCAACGUUUGCCUACCAUGUCCACGAGGUUCUGUUUGCGUUUGUGUUAUACCAAGCUACACAGAGUAUUAUAUCACCGGUGCUAAGCAAUGUUCUGUUUCCGAGCAUUUAUCCAAAAUUGAACAGGCGCACGAGAGUCAACUGGGAUGUGCACGUUGUGAGUCUGGUGCAGAGUUGCUUGAUCAAUGGCCUUGCGCUGUGGGUGAUGAUUGUGGAUGAAGAGCGUAAGGAGAUGGGCAAAGAUCGCGGCGGGAAGGGUGCAGUGGAAAGAAUCUACGGAUACACGGGUGCCGGGGGCUUGAUUCAGGCUUUCGCUACCGGUUACUUUGUGUGGGAUAUCGUGGUCAGUACACGAUAUCUGAAAAUAUUUGGGAUAGGGAUAUGGAUGCAUGCUGUGACAGCUUUGGCUGUGUUCAGUCUAGGUUUCCGGCCAUUCUGCAACUACUAUGGGCCGGUGUUCAUCCUCUACGAGUUGUCAUCCCCAUUUUUGAACAUCCACUGGUUCUGCGACAAGCUCAACAUGACUGGAUCCAAAUUGCAAUGGUACAACGGCAUGCUGCUGCUAGGCAUGUUCUUCUCAUGUCGGUUGAUAUGGGGCACCUACCAGUCCCUCCGUGUGUAUCAGGAUGUAUGGCACGCGAUGCACCUAAAUACAAAAGGUCAAGCACCAUUCAUUCGCGAACUGCACGAGUCCAGUGUUCCAGGCCACUCAAUCUUUGUACCAAGGGACGGGCAGCUGUGCGCUGGUGAUGCGGCUUGUAUACGAGCAGAGAGCGAAGUGAUGAAGUUCACAGGACCGGAGACAUUGGCGGUCCCUAUCUGGCUGGCUGGUGUGUAUCUGGUGAGCAACCUCGUUUUGAACAGUUUGAACUUUUACUGGUUUGCAAAAAUGAUCGAGACCGUGCGUAAACGAUUCCAAGGAAAACCACAUGAUGAGUUCGCGGGUGAACGGGAGAAACGACCUCAAAGGAAGACUAGUAUGGUGGAGCAGAUGGCAACUGAGCUGGACAAGGAGACGCUGUCUGGACCUACUGGUGACGCAGACGAUGAGAAAAUUGAGGUUUCCGCGACAAGUACGGCUGUGCUUGCAGAUGGGCAAGUCAAGAGGAGAUGA